GCGCCGCUCGGGCCGGCCGUGUUUGUCAGUGGGCCGCAUGAGCGCGCCGGCGUGCUAGCGCAGCGGGCGCGGGUGUGGUAUGCCCGCGCGUCGCCGCCAUGGCCCCCAUGCUGGCGGCCUUGGCGCUCCUCGCCCUCUUACCCGUGUCGGAACAAGGACCGCACGAGAAAAGGCUGCUGAAUGCUUUGCUAGCUUCAUAUAACACGCUUGAAAGGCCGGUGGCCAAUGAGAGCGAACCGCUCGAGGUUAAGUUCGGCCUUACAUUGCAGCAGAUCAUAGACGUGGACGAGAAGAAUCAACUACUUAUAACCAAUAUAUGGCUGUCAUUGGAAUGGAACGACUACAAUUUAAGGUGGAACGACAGCGACUACGGCGGCGUGAAGGACCUCAGGAUAACACCGAACAAGCUAUGGAAACCAGAUGUUCUGAUGUACAACAGUGCUGAUGAGGGUUUUGACGGGACGUACCAGACGAAUGUGGUGGUCAGAAACAACGGCAGUUGCCUGUACGUGCCCCCGGGCAUAUUCAAGAGCACAUGCAAGAUAGACAUCACGUGGUUUCCUUUCGACGACCAACACUGUGACAUGAAGUUCGGUAGCUGGACUUACGAUGGCAACCAGUUGGAUCUGGUGCUGAAAGAUGAAUCGGGGGGUGAUCUAUCAGACUUCAUUACGAACGGCGAGUGGUAUUUGAUAGGAAUGCCAGGGAAGAAGAACACAAUAACGUAUGCGUGCUGCCCGGAACCAUAUGUGGAUGUGACGUUUACAAUAAUGAUUCGGAGAAGGACUUUAUACUAUUUCUUCAAUUUAAUCGUACCGUGUGUCCUAAUAUCGUCAAUGGCUCUCUUGGGCUUCACUUUACCACCAGACUCGGGAGAAAAGUUAACGUUAGGAGUCACUAUUCUUCUCUCGCUGACGGUGUUUCUCAACCUGGUUGCCGAGACCCUGCCGCAGGUCUCCGACGCAAUCCCAUUGUUAGGUGUUACAAUUCUCCUGUCGCAAACUGUUUUCUCUCUAUUGGUGGGACACGUCAUCACUAAAACUUCAGAGGCGAUCCCCCUAAUAGGAACUUACUUCAACUGCAUAAUGUUCAUGGUGGCAUCAUCAGUAGUUUUGACGGUAGUGGUGUUAAAUUACCACCAUCGGACGGCAGACAUACAUGAAAUGCCACAAUGGAUAAAAACAGUGUUCCUACAAUGGUUGCCGUGGAUCCUGCGCAUGUCGAGGCCCGGGAAGAAAAUUACUAGAAAAACGAUAAUGAUGACCAAUCGAAUGAGGGAGUUGGAACUGAAGGAGCGCUCCUCUAAAUCUUUGUUAGCGAAUGUUCUGGAUAUAGACGAUGAUUUCAGACACGUGCCUCCUCCGCCGAACAGCACCGCGUCGACGGGAAACUUGGGACCUGGAACGGAUUUCCGUCGGUCGUUCGUUCGGCCGUCCACGAUGGAGGACGUGGGCGGACUCGGCGGCCAUCACCGGGAGCUGCAUCUCAUCCUGCGCGAAUUGCAGUUCAUCACCGCGAGGAUGAAGAAGGCGGAUGAGGAGGCGGAGCUGAUCAGUGACUGGAAGUUCGCGGCGAUGGUUGUGGACAGAUUCUGUCUCUUCGUGUUCACGCUGUUCACAAUCAUUGCGACGGUGGCCGUACUGCUCUCCGCUCCUCACAUCAUCGUGCAAUGAACGCGCGUGUAUGUGUGUGAGGGGGGGGAGAGGGAGCGCGGGAGCAGGGGGGGAGCUGGGUCCGAUCGCAAUUCUUCGAGAGAACUAAUCUUAGUACCUACUCUAAUUAUACUGUACUAUACUAUUAUUCUCAGAUACGUGGUAUAUACGCACACGUCUCGUUUUAUUUAGUCGAAAGACGUUAAAUGUAAACUUAACGUUAUAUAGCGGAAUUAAGGACAGCAUUAUUAUAAAACAAUUGUGAUGUUGACUAGGAAUUAAUACAGAUAAUGUUGACGCGGUUUGUUGAAAUAUAUAUUUCUAAUGACUACUCAAAUAAUCGACACGUUCAGUUCAUUUACUUGAUUACGUCAUACGAUACGGAUUUUAAAUUAGGAAUUGCAUAAAUAUUAUUACUCUACAUACAUCACAUGUACACGUAAAUGUUUCGGUAAAAUAAUUCCUAAAUGUUAAUUAUUGGAAUCUAAUGGGAAUCAGAAAUACUUCAAUGUUUAUUAAAGUAAAUUUGGGAUCAUUGACGAUGACAUUACCUUAGAUUAGUAAUGUACAUAAACAAAAUGAUCGGAAUAAUAUUGUUUAGACGAUAGCUUACGAGUUAGAAUGCGCUUAGGAAAAUUUUAUGCGGGUCGAAGUUACUUUGGUUCCAUUAUCUGAAAUUGGUUGUUUGCAAAGGGUUUGGGCUGGCAUUAGUUUAGGGGCUGCGUUUAUAACUUGGAAUUGUGCGUGGAAUUGAGAAAUAUGUACCAAAGUCACGCGAAUCGUUCAGAGACAAAACGUUCGUCACUCGACAGUUGAAGCCCUCGAGUAGGAAUAUUGAAAACGCAAAUAUAUCGCUUCGAAGCACUGAUUGGAUGAGUUAAAUUAAUGUUGCAAAAUUAACGUUAUUCAGCUGCGAUCCACACACUAGUGGAUCUCGAAUAGCUGUAACUUAGCAUAGUAGAUAUAGUUACGUACGAGUAUAAUAUUGUAUAAUGAAAUUAACAUUUAUUCACAUCUUUGUCUAUGUCCGUUCCUCGAUUUCGCUCUUAUAGGUGUCGUGAUAGACUAGUUGUCGUGUCCCUCUUUAUUAGAUAAUGAUCAUUUAAAUUAAACUAUAAGGAAGCUCACUAAUUAGUGAAUUAAAUAGUGUAAAAUUAACUCGUUUCAAUGUGUUCUUAAAUAUGUGUGAGAGUUUUGAAAUGUUCAGAUCGGAUGUAACCUUUCUUAUUUUCGCCUGUUAUAUCACCGCAAAGGGAUAGUUUCGUUUCACAUUUCUGUAAACUAUAACUUCUUCCAUUAAACAUUGUAAUUUCAUUAAGUCAUACCGUUGGUGCUGAAACUAUAUCAAGAUUACUAAUUUCUUAUUCUACGUAUCUUAUUAUUAGAGUUUGUUAUAAUUUCGAGAUUUCUAUAUUGUUACUUGUAAUCACAACCGACGUUAAAGGAAAAGAUGUUGAAAAGGUACGAUGAAUAGAUUUAUUAGUGCCAAAUUUUAGGACUUAUAAAUAUCGUUUAAGUUCGAUUAUAGGUGAUUAAAUAAAUCGUAAAGUUGAGAGAUUUAUUGUAAAAAAUAAUUUAAAAGAACGAAAUAGUGUCUUUAUUAAUAUAAUUUAACGUUAAUGUUGAAAAAGGCAUUGGGCCGCGUCAAUCGGCGAAUCAGCCAAUUUUAAAAGCUUAGUUAAUUAAAUAUUAAUGAGAGGUUGUGAGACAUUUAUAAAGCCCGUUGAUGGCGUUCCAAUGUUUGAUAAAAUGUAAAUUAUAAAAUGAGUAGAAUUGUUCUACAGUAAAAGAAGUAAAUUAAGAAAUCAUAAUAAACAGCCUGCCUAGGACCGGGUUUUACUAAACAUUUGAAAUAACAUCAAUAAUACUUCAUCUGCAGUUUAAUUUACGCCUUAAUUUCUUGUAUAUAUUAUCACACGCUUGUUAGCUACUGAAGGGCAAUGACUAAAUCCUCUAUAUAAACAAACUACUGGACUUAUUAGUUAGGUAUCUCUUAAGAGGUUAGUACUCUUAAAAUAAGGAAAUGAAGCUGCCAUAAAAAUAAUUUAAAAUAACGCUCGCAUCAAUCACAUAGAUAGGAACUUAUGAUAAUUGUAAACUUAAUAGUUCUCAAAUCAAAUAUAAUUUGUUUUCGAUUUGGUCAAAAGCGUUUUAUUCAGUUGCUUAUUCACUUUCAACGGACACGAACAAUUUCGGACCAAAAGUAUGCAAUUUGUUUAAACACUGCACCUUUUGCCCAACCGGAACUAAAUGCUUUAAACUUGAAACAGGUAUUUUGGACUCGUAUUUUCUAUUCUGAAUUUCUAUGAUAUUGUAAUCUAAGAUGUGAAUUGUCGGUUUGAUUUCAUUCGUAUUCACAGCCUCCUAAACCAAUUAACUCCGCUUAGACGUUGAAAUUUCAUCUCGCAUUUAAUGCUGUUUAUUUUCUAAUCAAAUAUAUCCUAGUCCUAUAUUGCAGGAUACAAUAGUAAGUAAUAAAGGAGAAUCAAAUGUAGCGUAAUCUUGCGGAACCUUUUCGACAAUAGCAUGUUAUCUUCUCACGUCCUUUAUGGAGCUGUUUCUGUACCCACAUACUUGUAUUGUCUUUUACUUGAUCAAAUUGCUUGCUUUAUUUAAUAUUAUCGGGGUUUAUUACUGAAUUGAUAGUGUUUUCUGCAGAGUAAACACAAACAGCAAUCGGCUUUCCUAUAGAUUUAAUCACGCUUCUAUGAUGCGUUUAAUUUCGGUACUUUCUUUAUUGCUAUAUUUUGAUAAUGAUAAUCAUUCAGAGCACAUUCAUUCUAUGUAUUACCCGUGCUAGAUAUUAUGAGAGCUCAGCGCGGAUACGUCACCUAACAAUGUUGUUUGCUGAAUGCAUUUUUGAGUGAGUCAAGUGUAGGUUGAUGCAAUGAAAUCCCGCGUAGUUCUCAUCUUAUCAUGUGCGGUUAGUAAUUCCAUAUUGUGUUCCUGUGGCUUAUCCAUAGUCGAAAUAAAAGAAUUAAUUAAAAUACGACUGCAGGUAAGAUAAACAGUUAAAUGUAAGUUUGUAAAGCCCCUAUGGAGGUUUUUAUAAUAGAUGUCACUAAAGAAAUAAAAAUAAAUUUGUAAAAAAUAUUUAAAACCAACGGGUAAUACGGUUAUUCGUUAAAUUGAUUAUCGUAAGUAGAAAUCGAUUUGUA